UACUUUACUUCCUGAUAAAACUUCUCUUCAUUGCUUGAAAAACAUUGAAUCAUCAGAACACAACUUGAAAAACCAGAGUAACACACACACAAAGCUAUGGGAGUUCCAUCAUUUUACAAAUGGUUGGUGAACAAGUAUCCCAACGUGGUGGGAAGCGCAACCCCAAAUAGCAAUGGGGUAGUGGAGUAUGACAACUUCUACCUUGACAUGAACUCCAUAAUACACCCAUGUUUUCACCCUGAAGAUCCAAACAGUUCACUGCCUUCAACGUUUGAAGAAGUGUUCAGAAACAUGUUUGACUACAUUGAUCGCCUUGUUAACACUGUCAAGCCUCGCAAGCUCUUGUACAUGGCGAUCGAUGGUGUGGCACCAAGGGCCAAGAUGAAUCAACAAAGAGCAAGGCGUUUUAGAACUGCUAAGGACAAUGAAAUCCGUGAAGCUGAAGAAGAGAGGCUCCGCAAGAAAUUUGAAAUGGAAGGCAAACAGGUUCUUCCUAAACAAGAAUCAGAAGUGUCAGAUCCUAAUAUAAUAACACCAGGAACUGAGUUCAUGCAUGAACUCUCAAUGGCUCUGAAGAAUUACUUCUCUUCAAGAAUAGCUAGUGAUUCAUUAUGGAAAGAUAUCAUGGUUAUUCUUUCUGAUGCUAAUGUUCCUGGAGAAGGGGAACAUAAGAUUAUGUCGUAUAUACGGGGACAACGUAACCUUCCAGGAUAUGAUCCAAACACCACCCACUGCUUAUAUGGCUCAGAUGCUGAUCUUAUAAUGCUAGCUUUGGCAACACAUGAGCCUCAUUUCUCAAUACUAAGAGAGGAUGGCCUUAUUCAGGGUCAGGUUCCACAAAAUUCUGCUAAGCCUUUGUUUUUGCAUAUUUGGAUUUUGAGGGAGUAUCUUGAGUUGGACAUGAAGAUACAAGACCCUCCUAAAAAUUGCCCAAUUGAGUUUGAGCGGAUAAUUGAUGAUUUCAUCUUUAUCUGCUUUUUCGCUGGAAAUGAUUUUCUUCCCCACAUGCCAACUUUUGAAAUUCGCGAGGAUGCUAUUAAUUUGCUAAUGUAUGUGUACAAAACCCAAUUCAGCAAACUCGGAGGGUAUCUUGUGGACAUCACAAGGAUUGGGGAAAAACAUGCAGCUUUUGUCAAGUUAUCCAGAGUUGAAAAGUUUAUACUUAUGGUUGGAGCUUAUGAAGAUAAAAUCUUCAGUAAAAGAUCCGAAAGCAGAGCAAAAUAUUUGAAGAAGCUUAUCACUGAUCAUCAGCGUUCACAGGAAGAACAGAAUGCUGCUAGUUUCUCAGAUCUUGAUGAUGGUGGUACUUCUGAUUGUGCUAUUAUUAUUAAGAAGGCACCUGCAACAAAAAAUUCAUCCGGUUUUGUUGUCAAUGAGGUUUCAGCUCCGUCAGCUGAAAUUUUGCAGAACACAAAGGAUUUAAAAGUGGAAUUGGACAAAUGUAUGAAAGAUAAAGGUGACUUGUUUAAGAGUGGAGAGUUCCGAAUUGACAAGAUAAAACUGGGAACUGCUGGAUACAAACAAAGGUAUUACAAAGAGAAGUUUUCGGUCGAGGGCUCAAUUGACUUCGAGAAGAAGCGAAAAGAUGUUGUUGAGAAGUACACUGAGGGACUCUUGUGGGUUCUUCAGUACUAUUUUUCUGGAGUUGCUUCAUGGUCAUGGUUUUAUCCAUAUCACUAUGGACCAUUUGCUUCAGACUUGAAGGGCAUGGGUCAAGUGAAAGCAAAUUUUGAGAAAGGUGUCCCCUUCUCACCUUUUGAUCAGCUCCUAAGUGUUCUUCCUCCAAGGAGUGCUUAUGCCCUUCCAAAAUCAUAUUCAAAACUAAUGAUAGAUGAGGACUCGAAAAUAUUACACUGGUAUCCUCAGGAUUUUGAAGUUGACACAGAAGGAAAACGUUACAUGUGGCAGGCUAUCUGCAAACUACCUUGGAUAAAUGAAAGAGAACUUUUGUCUGAAACAAGAGAAAUCCAAAAUGGAUUAUCUCAAAAUGAAAAGAUUAGAAAUUCAGUCAAAGUUGAUAGCUUGUUUGUUAGAAGCAGCAGCAACUUGUCAACAAAAAUAUGUUCCCUUUCUACUGACAAUAACCAAUCCAAGUUAGAAACCAACAUAAGCGACAGAAUUGGGGGUAUCAUCAGUCUUUGCCUUGAGGAUGUGGAUGUGGAGAGGCCUAACUUGGGGAUGGAGAUUUGUGACAAAAAGCAAGAAGAUCAUGCCCUGUGUGUCUAUUACGAGUUGCCUGCUGGGGGUAGUAGUACCGCUAUGCAUCAUUUACUAUCAGGUGUGAACAUUCCUACAAAGACAAUAUAUGAAAGUGAAAUCAAGGAAACAGUUCUCUGGCAUGAAAAACAGAUGUACCAGACACAUAACCGAUUUGAGAGGAGUAUUGCUUCCUCAAAUGCAACAACUCCUCAAAACAGAAGAAGCUUUUCACUAAAUGCACCUCCAGAAGUAAUUUAUAAAGGUGCUGGUGUUGGUUGGGGUUCUGGUAGAGGCAAGCCAAGCAACACUCCCACAAUGCAAAGGCUUAAUACUAUGACAAAUGAGAGAGUCUCACCAUCCUUGUCUCCUAAUCACCAUCAUCAAAGUUUGCAAUCUCAGACAAUGCCUUUUGGUAGGGGACGAGGGAGGCUUGGCCCGAAUGCAAACAAUGUAAAUCCAUGGAGGAGGGUUGAUUCUAGUGGCAGUUCAUACAUGCCAAAUCAACAGGUCUACCAAGUGAAAGAUCACAAUCGAUGGUAGAAAUUGCAGUAGGGAAAACAGUUGUCAAAUAUUUAAAUGGUUUUAAAUCUGUGAUUUUUUGUUUAGGAAAAUACUACUACUUUGUUCAAUUUUUUUGUGGUGGAGCUAAACUAUGUUGUUAGUGUUUGUUUAUUCAAAUCGACUCCGUUCUCUUGUUCA